AACCAUUGGCAUCAUUUUUUCAGUCGCUCCCGAUGUGCUCAAUUCGCUUAUCACAGUUGUGGACGCGAACGUCUCUUUAGUUCAACAGCUGCAUCGACACCAACGAGCAGCUUUCUGAGGCGUCUUUGCCGGCUCGUUGUCAGCAGUUCAUACGUUGCUGUGUUGCAAAGCUCGCUGGUCUAGCAAGCAACAACUGGAUAUAUUUUUGUGGCAUUCAUUCAACUCUCCUUCUCUUUUUUCUGCCCCCCUCCUGGCAAGCACUUUGUCACACACAUCCCGCACUUGUUUUCAUCGUCGUUGACUAUGUCUGGCUACCGCGGCCGUGGUGGUGGUGGUGGUGGUGGUGGUGAUGGUGGUGGUGGUGGCGGCGGUGACCGUUACCGUGGCGGCGGCUUUCAGGGCGUACGAGGGGACCGCGGUAACUUUAGGGGACGUGGCCGAGGCGGUGGUCGUGGUGACGGCGGUUAUCGAGGAGACCGCGGCGGUCGUGGUGGCGGCGGUUAUCGAGGAGACCGCGGCGGUCGUGGUGGAGGCGGAGGCCGGGGCGGGUUUGGCCAAGAUGGUCCUGCUGUUUACAACGGCUUGGCUGGGACACCUCCCAAACCUGAUGACAGCAUCACCACGCUUGAGGAUGCCUUGAUCAAGAAGCACGGAGACAACUUCAAAGACCCAGAACUCCCUUUUCGGCCCCGAUUCGGCACGGUUGGCGUUCCGGUCAUUCUUUGGGCCAACUACUUCAAGCUCACUACCAAGGCCGACUUCUUGUGGAAGUACGACGUCAGAGUCACUAGCAAGAAAGUGACAAAGGCCGAAGAUGACAAGCAAACGCAGGAGCAAGCUCAACAGCCGGCACAAAAGCAGGGCGACAAGGAAGAUAACAAGGAGCCAAAGGGCAAAAAGUUGGCCAACCUCAUCCAACUCGCCCUCGGGAAGUUGAAGGGUAAUCCCGUCGUGGCAACGGAAUACAAGCAGCAGGUGGUGUCCCUCCAGGCACUUCAGCUUCCAGAAGACCGCAUCGUGAAAGUCGACUACGAGGAGCCCAACCGCAAGACUGAGAUCUGGUAUGUCCGCUUUGACGGACCGAUCACCAUGCGCGUUGGGGAUCUCAUGAAGUACCUGACAACCAUGGACGAUCCUGGCAGAGACACCACGUUUCCCAAGUUCCCCGACGAGCUGGAUGCUCUCACCGUGGUGCUUGGCCACACUGCGAGAUCGGACGCGAAGGCCACUGCUGUCGGCCGGAAUCGGUUCUUUGCCAUCGACCCUGCUCGGAGAGAGACGGCGCACUCGAGAGCCGAAAGGAGUCUUGUGGAGAUCCUCCGUGGCUACGUCCAGAGUGUCCGUCCGGCGACUGGUCGACUGCUGCUCAACACCAACGUCACAGCUGGUGUGUUCCGCAAGGAAAUCCCCCUCGCGGAUCUGUUCAAGGACUGGCAAGUCCAAGGGAUCGACAAUGCAGACGCCGAGAGAGACAAGCGGACAUCUCUCUUGACGCUGCACAAGUUUCUGGCCCGAUCGCGGAUACGUUGCAAAACGCCCACCGGCAAGAAGCCUAACGACUUUAACGAGGCGGAGCGGGCGAUUGCGGGUUUAGCUACCAGUGAGGAUGCGAACAGGUCGGAUCACAGACCGCAGUUCACGUGCGCUAAAGCCUUGUUCGGCACCCCGACAACGGUCAAAUUCUACCUCAGCGCUCCCAAGACACCGGACACGGGAGGUCCUACGAACCUCAAGCAUGACGCCUAUGUCUCGGUCUCGCAGUAUUUCUUGAGCAAGUACAAUUACCGUGUUAAACCCGAUCUUCCGCUCAUCAACAUGGGGACGAAGGACAAGCCCACGUACGUUCCGGCCGAGCUUUGCACGUUGCUCCCUGGACAGUCUGUGAAGGCGAAACUGUUGCCGGUGGAGCAGGAUGCAAUGAUCCGGUUCGCCUGCCGGAAGCCGUCUGAGAAUGCAGUGUCGAUUACGACGUCGGGCAGGGAGCUGCUCGCCUUGAACAACAACCGAUUGCUCGAUUCUUUUGGCAUUUCGGUCGAUAAGGAACUCAUCACAGUCAGUGGCCGGCAGCUGCCCCCUCCCCAGGUGCAAUAUCGCGGCGCGGAUCGAAGCAGCCGGGUUAUUCCCAGGGACGGUUCCUGGAAUAUGACGAGGCAGAAAGUCUGCAUCGUCGGAAAGCCGGUGCGGACUUGGACGUACUUGAUCAUCGAACAGGGUAGGGAAAGUCGCAGGGAGUACAAGGAUCAGGUCGUGAGAGAAGUCAAGAAAUUUGUGCAGUUCAUGAACAAAAACAUGGGGCUCACCAUCAGCGGGGAAGCGAGGCCAUCAGGUGGCUUCCACUGCCUCUACAACGAUCACGCUCGCGGCGAGAAGGACUUACGCCAGGUGUUCGAGAAGAUGUGCGUGCCGGGUUCUCGUCCAGACCUUGUUGUGGUCGUUGUUCCAAGGAAGGAAGCAUUGCCGUACAAUGUGGUGAAGAAGCUUGGAGAUGUCGACUUCGGCCUCACAACUAUUUGCAUGCGCUCGGAAAUGAUCAUGAAGGCCCAAGGACAGGAAGGAUACUUUGCCAAUGUCGGCCUCAAGCUCAACUUGAAGCUUGGCGGCGUCAAUCACCGGGUCCAAGAUCCGACCGGCGGCCUGAUCCAAAAGACGAUGUUCGUGGGUUACGACGUUACCCACCCCACGAAUCUCGCGCCUGGGACCGGAACCAACGCGCCCAGCCUGGUGGGCAUGGUGGCGAACAUUGACUCCUCCCUUUCUCAGUGGCCGGGCGUGGCCUGGGAGAACGACCCCAGAGUGGAACAGGUAGGCAAGGUCGACAAAGACAGCAAGAACAAGGACAAGGCCGAGGAAUUCAAGAACCACUUCAAAGGCCGUAUCGCGCUAUGGCAGAGGAACAACAACCAGGCUCUGCCCGCUAACAUUGUCAUCUUCCGCGAUGGCGUCUCUGAGGGACAGUUCCGGAUGGUGCUUGAUGAAGAGCUGCCGCUCAUCCGCCAGGCAUGCCGAGAUCUCUACAAGUCGGGGCCCAGGAUCUCUCUCAUUGUCUCCGUGAAGCGGCACCAGACCCGGUUCUUUCCCACGAAGGAAGAACAUACUCACUUUAGAUCCAGGUCGCCAAAGGAGGGCACCGUCGUCGACCGCGGGGUCACAAACGUGCGCUACUGGGACUUCUUCCUGCAAGCACACGCGUCUCUCCAGGGCACGGCUCGGCCUGCGCACUACACGGUGCUCCUUGAUGAAGUCUUCCGGGAGGCAUUCGGCGCCAAGGCGGCCGACAAGCUCGAGGAAUUGACACACGCCAUGUGCUACGCCUAUGGCCGUGCGACCAAGGCUAUCAGCAUCUGUCCGCCAGCGUACUAUGCGGACCUUGUUUGCACGCGGGCUCGCAUUCACAAGAGCGAACUCUUUGAGGAAGAUCAGUCAGCCGCGGCCAGAGACGCCGUCAAGAGGCGAACGGUGCACGCAAACCUGGUCAACACCAUGUAUUACGUCUAAUGGAGAGGAAGAAUGGACCCUCACUCGGGGGAGCAGCGUUUGUCGCUUGGGUGAUGGCCUCUGCACGUCGGGUAAUGCCCAGGCUGCGGACGGGGCUGGCCCCAAAAAGGAAAGAAAGACAGCGGACACUUUGAGUUUUGCUCUUUUGGCUCACAGGACUGAGCCAUAUUUUGGGCUGAGACAUUGCAUAAUGGGCAUCUUCACAUAACACCCCUAGUUAGGUUACUAGAGCAGCGAAAGAAUCCUUAUUCACCAAACAGUUGUGUGAUUCGAUA